AUGAAUGUUUAUAUCCUAUUGCAUCUGGGAAUGGUAGUGUCAAGGAUGGGGAUUGCAAUCAAAUCCAUGAUGAGUGGAAGAUACCUUAACUUAAGAACUCUGAGGUUAGAGCCUGUUGACAAGCGGAGAAGAGAAGACUAUGUUUUUGGAUAUGAUUGGAAUAGAAAUGUGCCUUAUGGAUUUAAGCUUUAUACAAGGGAAGGAUAUCUAACUGUAGAUAGCAAAUAUAGAAGAAUGACAAUCUAUAGAGGACACAAAAGAAGAGGAAAGGAUAUUCCAUCUGGAUUUGAGUUCCAUUUUGUGUCACCAACAAAGUGCAAAAGUAUUGUGAUAGGGCAUGACAGUGGACUAUGUAUGGCAGAUGUGGGUAGAGAAGUGAAGUUCAAAGAGUGCAUGCCACCUGGAAGAGAGUCUCUGGAAUUCCGAUUCCAAAUCAAAGUUUUUAGAGAUAGAUGCGAAUAUCUAGAGAAGAGCAGGAGAGGCUUGCAUGGGGAUCGAGAUAAGGAUGGCGAGAAAGAUACCAAGGAAAAGGACCAAGAGGAAAGAAUCUCCUCGGAAACCACUGAUGACGAGGAGCCUGGAUGCAAGAAAAAUCUAGAGGAGGAUGAGAAGAAAGAGGAAGAAGAAAGAGAGGAAAAGAAAGAGAAGACCAAAAAGAAAGAAAAGAAAAAAAAGAAGCAUCGGGAGCCAAAGAGUGAUGAAGAAUCCCUUGAAGAGUUUAUGGAACACGUGAGGUUCAAGAAGCCAAGAAUUAAGAAGAAAAUGAAGCGCCUUGGUUCUCGUUUCAAGAAGAAGCUUGCAAAGUCUCUUCUGAAGGUUGAUAAAAAGAAGAAGAAAUCUCGAGAUUCCAGCACAUCAUGA